AUGCAAGGAAGCGUGUUCCCAAAGCUUGUCGUUUCGAGAGGGUAUAUCAACCGUCUACAGGAGAGGUUGGCGGCUCUGGAGAGCAAGUCAGAAGAGCAUUCCCUCCUUGAAGCCACGACUGGCCGGUCAAGGAGCACCGAUUUGAGUGAUCAUUGUAUGCCACUUUCCACCGAGAGCAACGAGAUCUCACAACAGGUGAUAAAGACGUCAGCUUCAAUAUCACCAUAUGGAACAGCCGAGGCACAAGAUCAACGACGACUCAAUGGUGAAGGCAAAGCUCCCCUCACGAAUCCUUUAGCCUUCCACACAUAUGACUUUGUUCCAAGCGUCACAGGACACAUCCUUUUCAUGGGAACUUCAUCAAACUGGUCCUUCAACAAGAGAGUUUUGACCAUGACCCACGAACGUGUCAAGGGCCGUCCAUUAUCAAUGCAUAACCUACACUUCGCCGGCACUGAGGGAAAGGUCUUCGAUCUCAGAUGGGACGGGACUAGAAAGCUUACGGCGCAGGAUGUUCCCGACAUGUCUGCCCUGCCAACUAAAGACUUUGCUCUAUAUCUCAUCAACUCGGUCAAGUUUCACUGCGGUUGGCUGUACAGCCUAUUUGAUGAGGACAUCUUCCUGGAACGCUUCCGUGUGUUCCACGAGAACCCUUCUGAAUAUGCGCGUGCAGAGCCUUUGUGGUUUAUUCACUACCUUCUUGUCCUGGCGUUUGGGAAGGCUUUCGUGGUUCAAUCCACCAAGUCGAGGCGACCUCCUGGCGGUGACUUCUUCAUGCAAGCCAUGAAGCUCAUGCCCGACUUCAACUUCUUUGAUUGUGAUAUAAUAGAGCAGAUGCAGGUUCUUUGCUGCGCUGCUCUAUAUCUGCAAUCUGUGGAUCAUAUACAACAGGCGUAUCGUCUGGUCUGUUCCGCACUUCGUCAUGGCCUAGAACACGGUAUACACACCGAAAUGCAAUCCGAUGCUCUUGACGCAGCUUACGUACAGAGAAGCCGACACAUGUUCUGGACACUCUAUAUUCUCGAACGCCAGCUGAUUUCGCUUCUGGGACUUCCGCUAAGUAUAGCCGACGAGACGAUAAGCGCACGCUUUCCCGACUUCCCAGGGCAGCCGCAAAAGUUAGAGGCACUGAAGAUACAUGUUGACUUCUGCAGGGUUCUUGCAAAGAUAAAUCAGACUGUUUAUGGCCUUGAAGGAAAGCUCGACAGUCGAUACCUCGGUGCUACCCAGUCCGUCCUCAAGAGUAUCGCUACCGUCACAGAACGGUUGAACAAGUCCUUUGAGAUUCAGGCAAGCGAGGGUAUGGCUGGCAUACCACGAAUAUCAGCACAUCUCCAUUUGAUGCAACACCAAAACAAGUGCAUCAUUCUCACUACGAGACCACUUCUUUACACGUUCCUGCUUUCCAGGCUUGGUCACUUAGAGGUAGCCCUAAUGCAUUGGCUACAAUCGGAGAGUGUGAAAGGGCUGGUCCAAAUGUGCACCGAAUCUGCUCAGCAGAUUCUGAGGAUCCUCUCCAGUCUUUCUGAGCAAGGACUUUUAGAAACAUUCCUGCGGUUUGACCAGGACGCCGCUUUUACUGCAACAAUCGCACUGCUCAUGGCCGCUGCGAUUGACUCAUCGCUACUACCAGACCACACUCCCUGGACGCAACGCGCCUACGGCCUCUUCGAUGAGAUGAACUCGAGAGGCAAUCUCGUGGCCAACAUGGUGGCAGCUGAACUGAAGCAACUAGAAGACUUGCUCAAAGGCUUCCUCGCCAGCAAUGACUCGAGGGCUGUGGUUACGACACAGGGUCCAAACACGCCUCGACAAGGUUUUAUGAAUGACAUAGACAGUGGUACAGGCUCUGUUACUGAUUAUGCCGAGCCGUUUAGUCUCGAGUCAGAUGAUGACUUUGGAUUGGGGCUGAACUAUGAGCUUAGUGCGGAACAGCUGUUGAAUAUAGCUAAUUCGCUGGACAUUGACAGCUUGACAUGGCCGUGGCCGGAGGAUCCGCUGGCUGAAGAUAUGGAUGGGGCAUGA